AUGGCUGACAACUGUAGAUGCACUGUUUACAUAGGAAAUCUAGACGAAAGGGUGAAGGAAAGGGUACUGUAUGAUAUCCUCAUUCAAGCAGGGCCAGUGGUGAACUUGAAUAUUCCUCGGCAUAAAGAAACUGAUAAGCUGAGAGGUUUUGCCUUUGCAGAAUAUGUAACAGAAGAAGCAGCUGAAUAUGCUGUUAAACUUUUUUCUGGCCUCGUAACUCUCUUCAACAGAACAUUAAAAUUCUCAAUUUCUGGGCAGUACCAAGACAAGCCCUCAAUCAAAUCACAGCCCACGUUAACUUCCUCUCCCAAUCUCAAAUCGCCGAGGCUUCCGACAGUUUAUUACCAAGAAAAAUACUUGGGUAAAUCUAGUCUUGUAAAUAAUAAAGUCAUGCAGGUAGGGGUUUCUCCAAACCCAAUGAUGUUACCGACAUCAUGCAGGUUUCAAGAGCACCAGGUAAGUUACAAUAGACCCAAUUUUUGUGACACCAAGAAUUAUAAGCUCUCGAAUGGAUGUAGGCCACUUUACAAUAAUUUUGAUUGUGGUGGAAGAGUUUACAAGGCGGCAUUGCCAAAAAGUAUUUCUUGCUCUAGGUUAGGUCGGUAUGGUGCGGAAAAAUCUUCCAGGUAUUAUGCCCCUUAUUGA